AUGGAGAUGGACGAGUACAUCGAGGAGGAGGAAUUCGACGAACAAUAUGAUUUCGUUGGAGCAUCAGAGGUUGAUUGGGAAUACGAGUUCGACGCCGCCCAGUUCUUUGAUUUUUGUUGUCCUGAAACACUCAGGGAAGCCCAAGAUGCGGAGCGUUGGUUCUCUUUUGCCGGAAAUUAUCCGCCUUCUCCGCUAGUUAAGUUGAGAUGGGGAGGAGGAAGCAAUCUGCAGGAAACCAAGACCACCACGUCCAGCUUAGCUGGCAAUACUACUUCAGAUGGUGACAUGGGUUCUGAGGAUUCUCCGACUAAAGGAAGAGAAGGUGUCAUGGAAACUAAAACCAAAGCAAAAUUAAGUUCAACACUAAUGAAGCCUACAGUUAGUCAUUUAGCCAAAUUGAAACAAGCCAGAGACAUUUUACUUUCCAACCAAUUAUGUGCAAGGUUUCAAAAAUCACCUAUUGGCAUGGACGGGAAAAGCUUGAAGCAGGGUCUUGAUAACUUAGCCACCAAACGCCAAAAGCUUGAGCUAGGUUACCUGCGCCGGGGUUCCCGCCUGAAGCAACAGGCUUUGUUACUCCAUAAACUAUCUAGAAAGGAUGGAAACACGAGUCCUAAUGCGGGAUAUCCGAAGCUGAAGGUAACUAUUCCUAAAGAGCCUGCACUGGAAACUCUGCAGAGAGCUAAAAGCCGAAGGUCCAGGACUAAUUCUGAGGCAAGUGAGCGUUCAGAAUCAGAAUCCUCAAACAGAAAAAUAUUCAAGCCUCAUUCACCAACUGUAAAAAGCAGACAAAAACUGACAGCCAUUCAAGCAUUUAACUUCGAGACCACAACAAGAGCCUUGCAGCGUUCAUCUGCUAGCAAUCUGAGCAGACAAAAUUCUGAUAUCAGUUCGAAGAGUGUUCCUUCUGAAUAUAAGAGAUCAAACUUGGAAAACGCUUUAAAGAUGAAGAGAACUGAAAGACCAGUCAAGACAAAAUCAGGUUUUUUCAGUAGUAAGGUUCAUCCAACCAAGGAAAACACAGGCAGCGAAGUGAAAAUUACAGACAAAACAGCCAUAAAGGUCCAUAUUGAGAUCUCUGAUUCAUCAGUCUUUACUUUUGAUUGCUCCAUCCAGAAUUCUAAAUUCCAGCUUACCUUUUUUCCCCAGGAAUCCAAAGAACAGAAAGAGAAGAGACUUUCACCGAACCCACCCAUUGACUUAUUUAAGAAGCUUUCCAUAAGCUCGGAAAUGGGAAGUGACACAGUAUCCCAGCCGGAUUCCCUGCAGUUGUCUCAGGAUUCGAAGGAGAAUGCCCCAAAUACUUUCCAUCCUGAUUUUUGGCGGUGCGUUGGGAAGAUGAAUCAGUGCGGAAGUGUGAAGGCGAUCCCUGGAAUUGGAAAUCAGUCAAUUAACAGGUAG